GCUUUAUUGUUGAUGGAAUGUUUCCGGCAGGGAUUAUUGCGUCGGAUACCACAGAGAAACCUGCUGAUGCGGACACAGAUAAGGCCUGGUUGCACAGUUCAACGUACUCGGAAAGAUCGGAAAAAUUUCCGGUUCCCGUGAAAGCUCCUUUGAAACCGACCGCACCGAGCAAAAAACUCGUCCUUACAGGUGAAAAGCGGCCCGAUCCCCAUAGGGCUAGUUCUGAACCCCCGAAGAAGAAACCGGCACCGACUAACAAAGCCAUCUUCCUUGAGGAUGUACCUGGUUUGAGUUUGUCUGACGCUUACCAUCUAGACCGGUCCUCGAAUCGGCAAAUCUACACAUUUGGUUCAAUAUACGAAAAACAUGUUGCGCAAUUUCGUCGUAAACCAAACACACCGAUCCUUGGAUUCCGGAGUCUUCGCGUCUGUGAUUUGUGCGAUGCACAACAGAAAGAAACUUCCACUAAACGUGUCAAGAAGUCGCGGUAUUUCAGUAAGGCAAGCCGUGCGGUUUUUUCAAAGCCAGCGCAAAACUUCCCCAGCAGUGAAGUUGUUUCGGAUACCCAGCUCAUCUUGCGCUUUUUGCCGGAUUAUAUUUCUGUCUCCAAUCCCGUGAAUGAAUCUACCAACGUUGCUCUGACUCGUUGUGAGUCACUGAAUAGAAAGGUGUAUGAUGCCCCAAACGAUGUCCGUGCCUGGUUAGAACUGAUGGACAUGCAAGCCAAAGAAGCUGUAUUUCUCCACGUAACCGAAUCUGCCACAUCCUCCGUGAGGGUGACCUACAUACCUGCCUCAUUGACCAUGGGCGAUCGAUUGCUGAUAUUGCAGAAACAACUGUCGAUUGCUGAGCGGGCGUUAACCUCAAACCCUGGCUCUCUGUCUUUAAAGAUUCUCACUCUCCGAAUCGGUGAAAUGGCUGGGGAGUUACAAUCGCAGGGCGCUUCCGGAGCUAUGUGUCAGUCGAAAGAUAGUUUGUUUCAGCCAGAACGUGUUGGGCGUGACUGGGCCCAGUUGGUUUUCACUUACCCGCAGCUAGUUCCCGUAUGGCGAGGCUAUAUUACACACUUAAUGGGGAAGUAUUCCACUCCACCCACUGCGACUCCAACAAUUGGUAGUGGUCUCUUUGCUCGAAUCGAUAGCGUUUUCAAGAAGGCAUUGUCAACACUGGCGGGGAUCAUUUGCGGUCGGAUACUGUCUCAUAGACCUCAACCGGACACUGCAGAACAAGCUAUAGAUUUUUUGGCUGACUACUGUCGCUGGCUUGUUCAGGCGGGACACGCAGAACGUGCUUUGGCCACGUGGCAAGCUGUCAUUGAAUUCAAUUUGUUUCGCCCUUCGGACUUAACGGGUAUGCCCACUGAUCAGUGCUUGCUUGAAAUGGAGUUGUUUUGGUCCAGUGGAGCCGCUCGUUUUGGCCAGCCGGGGUCGCAGCAUUGGUCUGGCUGGUAUCGGGCAAAUCGUCGUGGCCAUUCUGCAGAGCAACGACAGCAGGUUAGCAGGAAAUCGAAAAAGCCACCUUCCGGUUUAUAUCCUGUGGAGGAAUUACAGCCGGAUGCUACCGUUGAGCAGUCACAGUCGAAGUGGGUAGAGGUGGCAGAAAAGCUGAAAUCGAUCGCCAGCACGUGCGAAGAUGCCCUCAUUCAAUGCUCGGCCGAACUACUGACUGACGACGCCCAACAGAAACUCGACAUAGAGAUUGUACCAUCUGUACUCUCAUCUGCGGUAUCUGCAGAUCAGUGGACACGUCGAGGAGCUGUACCCUCACUCGCUGGCAAUGCUUCACUGGGAAAGAGCCGUGCUGUACAGUAUAGACGUGGAAAAGCUUGGGUAGGCUUAGAACGAGCACGUGAAGCAGUGGGGUGGUUGCCUGCAGACACAUUGAACAACACCGAUGUGGAAGAGGAAGACCCAGAUCGUCUCGUUCUUUUCGAUGAUGUCAAGCCUUGCUUGUUAGAACUGUAUAAUUUGGACGAAAAAGCCGCACCGCCCAGUGGGGAUAAACAAAGUCGUCUGGUUGCACUUCAACAGCGGCUGAUUCUCCAAUGCUUGGAAUUUCUGGGCGCUUACGAGCCGGAUGUAGCGAAAGCGUUCCAACUUCCCGCAGACCUCCGUGUUGUCCAUGACCUAACCCAUAUCGGUCCCAUCCAACGUCAGGGUUUGUCUCCUCUGUUUGGUCAAAAUGCUGGUUCGGUUGUACAGGAUUCGACUGGCGUAAAAGACAAAUUUGCCCAUCUGGCAGGUAGUCAUCAAGAAAUCUGGGCACAGGCCAGACGUUGCUUUCUCGAUUCUGCUCUUAUCCAAGUCAGCCAUUUGACUCGAUGGAAGAAGGAGGUUCAAACGCAAUGGGCAACCGUCAUCGGUCGCUUACGACUCCAGUUAGCUCUGGAUCGCCUACUGGACGGUAUCCAGACCCAUAAUUUGUCCACUAAGGCAAGUUUUCAAGGUAUUGGCUUUACUGACGGUAGCAUAUUCAAGGAACUCUUAUGUAUAAUUUCGAAUUGUGCUGAUCUGGAGACUGUCAUUGCUACGUGGCGGCACUGUGGUAGAUCCGUCAUGGCCGAGGCCCAAAAUCAAAAUGACCUAGAACUUUGGCAGUCAUACGCCAUGGGAUUCUGGAAAGCCGCUCUUUUAUUCACCAGACUUGAUGUUGCUCAAGAAGAGCUAGAGACUAUGGUGUCUCAAUCCAGACGCAUUUUUGAUACAGCACUCACCACCUAUCCUAUUCCGGAUGACGCUUCAUCCCCUCCUGCUGACGUGGUCAACGACGCAUUAAUACAAUUUUACGAUCAGUCACUUGCACCACGUUUCAAAUUGAUUCAGCACUACAUUGAUUUGGAACUUGGUGUCUUCCCUGGAAUCGGAGCAGUCAAACGACCCUUGGGCUGUGAAUCGCGCGCACUCCAACUUUUAGUGCAAGCAGCCAAUGGUGGUACUUACACAGCACCCGAACCCCACGCUACACUCCGGCCAUCCAUCCUGGUUCGAACCAGUCAUGCCUACGGGAAACGGAUGGAGAUGAUUUGGCGGACACUUGUCUCUCUGCCAGAAGAUUCGCGCUUGGAUCCCGUUGUUCAUGGACCUCUGUUAAGUGGACUGACAUCGUUCGCCCCGGUUGUGGCCUAUCUCAGCCUAAUGUUUGACCUGUUGACGACGGACGAGGAACACUACAUUGAUUUGGAACUUGAUGUCUUCCCUGGAAUCGGAGCAGUCAAACGACCCUUGGGCUGUGAAUCGCGCGCACUCCAACUUUUAGUGCAAGCAGCCAAUGGUGGUACUUACACAGCACCCGAACCCCACGCUACACUCCGGCCAUCCAUCCUGGUUCGAACCAGUCAUGCCUACGGGAAACGGAUGGAGAUGAUUUGGCGGACACUUGUCUCUCUGCCAGAAGAUUCGCGCUUGGAUCCCGUUGUUCAUGGACCUCUGUUAAGUGGACUGACAUCGUUCGCCCCGGUUGUGGCCUAUCUCAGCCUAAUGUUUGACCUGUUGACGACGGACGAGGAAAGCCUAUCGAACUCCCUUCCGAGUCUGAUCAGCGUACUACAACGUAUCGACCGCCUGCGUUCUGCUCUGUCUGUCAGUGCACGAGAUCGGGAGUCCAGGUGGUCUGAUAGCGAGUCUGCGCCCUCUGUGCGUUAUCGCGUGUGCAUGCGUCGCCUUUUGUCACUCAUUAUUGGUGGCCUGGCAGCGUUCGGUUCACUUCGUCAGCGCAACCAUCGCUCAUUGAUGGAUAGACUAUUCAAGAUUUGGGAGUUGAGUGAGACUACGCGGUCUGCGACAGAACUGCCCUGUGACUUACUGUUCCCUAGUCAACUUACAUAUUUACUGCCCCCACGAGCCGCCUUGGAAAAGAGUCUACUUCCCGUGUCACUCGUGAACGCCGCUUCCUGCCAAGGCUUGCUCCCGCCGUUAUUCCUCUCGCAAUUAAUUCGACAACUGGGACAGUUCAGCAAAGCUGUCGCUGAACUAGCCGCACAAAAUGCAGUGGAUAACGCAGUUAGUGGUACGCGAAUUAGUGGGGCACAUUCGAUGCUUGAUCCACGAUACUCCUCAAAUCUAUUAGGAGCUGAUAUCUCGAUGCUGUCUGGCUCACAGCUGGAUUCAUAUGCUGGUUGUUUACCGGUCGCGUUGGACCUAUUUAUCCUGAGCCUCGAACUUGAGCGGUGGCUUAGCCUCAUCGCCGGUGUCUCCGCGACUUCAGUAAAUGGUCGCAAUAUAGCUGUGGAUUCUACGAGCAGCCAGCGCGUUCGUAACGCCUUCGAACGUGCUGUUCGUGCUGGACCGUUUGUAACCCCGUUGCUUUCCGAACACGGUCAACUGCACCACAUCGCACUUGCUGCUACUACACCGUCCUUUUGGGCCGCACAUUUACGCCUCGUGGUGUGGCGUGCUUACAUGGCGUUUGGUUGGAUGUCCGAGACAUCUCAGGACAGACAAUUUCCUGCCCCCAGUGUAACAGACCCCAGGAAACGCCGUCAAGCAAUCAAGUCAGUGUUCUAUCGUGCGGUAGAGGACUUGCCGUGGGCCAAGGUUCUUUACACUGAUUUGGUGCGUUAUUGCCCGGAGGAUGUGGAGGAAAUUGUGGAUCUUCUGUCCGAACGAGAGUUGCGUUUGCGGACGCCUUUGGAAGAGAUUGACCUGCUCCUGACCGCUCGACCUCAAGCGACUGAAUAGUGAUGUACAUGUCUCCGCGCUUUGUAUGUGUCCUUGCACAGUAAUUUCCUCUAUCCUUGUUAUUUGUUUUCUAUUGCAACUGUUUACGACAAAUAAAAAAAUC